AUGCAGACUUUUGGCAACACCUCCAACCUCCAGUUCGCGCUCCCCCACGCCGUCGAGCGCAAACAUUCGGCAGCAUGUUUGUUUUCAGAGGUCGAAGGGCACCCCCAGCCUCCUCGUCGUUGCACUGGCCACUGCGGUGCGACGACGCCGCUCCAGCCCCGCACUCCCACACUCUCCUCGCACCUUGGCGACACCGCGCGGCUGCGUGAGGUCAACAGCCUCGCCCUCUUACCACGGCCUCGCACUCCCCUCGCCCUUUUCCCCUUCGUCCUCCAGUUUUCUCGUUCGCCCGAGGAGCCAACACGCGGACCGCGAGGAGACACCGCGCAGCUGCGCGAGGUUGAUGGCCCCACUCUCGCACCACCGCUUCGCACUCCCCUCGCCCUUCGCCCCUCUGUCAGCCAAAUUCAAAGGCAGGAUACCAUCGAGAUAAUGAGCAACAUACAGUAUCAUUACCUCGAUUUGGUUGGCGCAGUGGUUCGGCAAGGCUCGUUCAUUGACAAGAUGUAUGCAUUUGGGUGGACCGAGCCGGGCUACUUCAAUGACAAGGAGGAUGAGCUCGUUCUGAUGCAUGCUACGGCCCGCUACCAUGCAUGUCCGGCUUUACUUUACAGAUUCUUGGACCUAAUGAGCUUGUCCCUGAUGUCGUUUUUUGUGCCAACGCUCGACAUCGAUCUCGUGUGCGACAUGCUCUCCGCGAUGCACGCGAGUGAGCACAAUGUGAUUGGAGCCGAGAAGUUCGCAUGGCGACGGCAGCGCGACGUGGAACACGUUCGCGCCGGGCGCAUGGAUGCGAAUGCAUUCGAGCGCGGGCGGGCGCACGACACGGCGUUCCCGAUGCCCGUGCCGUUCUAUCACCCUAUCAUGACGUGCGUCAUCAUCGCUAACCCCGACCUCCUCGUUCGCACGGGCAGCCGACACAUGAACGGCCAGGCACUGUUUGUUGUUUCCCGCCGCUCUGACCUGCUGGUUCCCUGCUUCAGCACUCCGGUUUAG